UCGCCAAAUCACCUGAUGUAUAACGAAAACGGUACUGAAGUGUACAUUGAAGAUUUCUCUAGCGAACCCAAAGCUACGUUCACCCAUACAGAAGAAGGUUUUUAUGACGAUGCCGGAUUUGAUGAAGACCGUUACGCACUGGAAUAUGCGCUCGAGUAUGGAUUGCUACGCCUGUCUUUGGCAGCUAGACAGAAGCUGAAAGUUCCCGUUAUGGUCGUUAAACUGAACUCAUCGAAAAACACUUGCUUUGGUGAUAAAUUCAGUCGCUUUCUGCUCAACCGGUUCUUGGGCUACGAUGACAUCAUAAUGUCCAGCAUAAAGUCGUUUGCCGACGAAGAGGAGGGCAAAGUCCGGUACACCCUUCCAUCUAAACAUAAGAUUCUAGGUUAUGUGCGAAAUCUGGUGACUGGUGAGCAUUAUCGCUUUGAAAUGGUGAGGAUGACCAGGACAUCGUACAUCGCUGCGUUUUUCGUCAUGAUCAUCUUCGUAAGUGUUUGCCAGGUCGAACGUCUUGAAUUCAGCAUCCUCAAGACCAGAUUUUAG